AAUGUAGUUAUUUGUUUACAAGUGAUAGUAAACUUCUAUUUACAUCACUUCAAAAAAAAUAUGGAGACAUUUGUGAAUUUUACCUUACCGGAUCACGAAGGAUAGUGAUUUCGCGUCCUGAAUAUGUCGAAAAAAUUUUAAGCUCUUCGUAUAAGGACAAUUCAUUUAUGUCAAGGUUUUCAUAUUUUGAAGGACUUAAAGAAUAUGGAGUUGCUGGUAGAG